CCCUAAUGUCAAUUGGAUUUACUACCUGCUGAUCAAUCGCACCUUGGGUUUUGUUCCGAUUAGUGGAAAAGCUGCUAAAAUUUUUCCCCCAGUCUGUGUGUUACGAAGCCUCCCUUUCUGGAGGAAUGAGUGCGACCGAGAGCUGCGCCAAGAACGUGCAGUACCGGGUAGAUCAUCUGCUGAGCGCUGUGGAGAAUGAGCUCCAGGCUGGCAGCGAAAAGGGGGACCCCACCGAGAAGGAGCUGAAGGUGAGUCUGCAGGAGCGGGACCUGUGGACGAGGUUUAAGGAGCUCACCAAUGAGAUGAUCGUCACUAAGAAUGGAAGGAGAAUGUUUCCAGUUCUGAAGGUGAGCGUGUCGGGCCUGGAUCCCAAUGCCAUGUACACGGUUCUUCUGGACUUUGUGGCAGCUGACAACCUCCGCUGGAAGUAUGUGAAUGGAGAAUGGGUUCCAGGUGGCAAACCUGAGCCCCAGGCCCCUAGUUGUGUUUACAUCCACCCAGAUUCCCCCAAUUUUGGAGCCCACUGGAUGAAAGAUCCUGUGUCUUUUAGCAAAGUCAAACUUACAAACAAAAUGAAUGGUGGAGGCCAGAUUAUGUUAAACUCUUUGCACAAGUAUGAACCUCGAAUCCACAUUGUGAGAGUUGGCGGCACCCAGAGAAUGAUCACCAGCCAUUCAUUCCCUGAGACACAGUUCAUAGCAGUGACCGCAUACCAGAAUGAAGAGAUUACAGCACUUAAAAUCAAGCACAACCCAUUUGCCAAAGCAUUUCUUGAUGCAAAAGAAAGAAAUGAUUAUAAAGACAUCUUGGAUGAGGGAAUUAAUAGUCAGCACUCAAAUUUCUCUCAGUUAGGUACUUGGCUCAUUCCUAAUGGUGGAUCAUUAUGUACGCCCAAUCCACACACUCAGUUCGGGGCACCUCUCUCUCUAUCAUCUCCUCAUGGCUGUGAGCGAUACUCAUCUCUGAGGAACCACCGCUCCGCUCCUUACCCCAGUCCAUACACUCACAGAAACAAUUCUCCAAACAAUUUAACAGAUAAUUCCUCAGCAUGUCUUUCAAUGCUCCAGUCCCAUGGCAACUGGUCCACACUUCAAAUGCCAGCACACACAGGGAUGUUGCCAAUGAGUCACAGCACAGGAACACCACCUACCUCAAGUCAGUACACUUCUUUGUGGUCUGUAAGUAACAGUACCAUCACACCAGUGUCUCAGUCUGGAGGAAUAAGUAAUGGAACAAGUCCCCAGUACCUACGUGGCUCUACACCUCAUUACUCAUCUCUUUCACAUGCUGUGCCCUCACCAACCACAGGAUCCCCAUUGUAUGAACAUGGAGCACAAACAGAAAUAGCAGAAAACCAGUAUGAUGUCACUGCACAUUCCAGGCUUUCAUCAGCAUGGACACCAGUUGCACCACCAUCAAUCUAAAGUAAAGACUAUAAGGACUUAAUACACAAAUCAGUAUUUCCUGGGCCAAGUAGCUGAGUGUCCAUGGCCCAUAAAGCAAAUGAUUGCUGCAGGCCUCCCAAAUAACUUAAAGUUGUGCUUAGGCUAGUUAUGUCAGCCUUUCCCUGCUUCUAAAGGCUUCAUGGAUCCAACCAGGCAUGGGUGGUCUGCUCAGUGGGUCACCAUCUUGAGAUGCUUAACACAAAGUUGGUUUGACUUACAUAUAAGUGCAACAUAUAGGUUCUAUUACCUGUAUAUUCUAUGUCAGUUUUCUGAAUGUACUGGCAAGGGGUGAUUUAUCCAGGAGGCUCUUCUAAAGGGAAUGUAAAGAUACAGUAUUGCUUAAUUACAGUAUUAACUAAGAUCCAUUCUGCUUUUUUUAAAACAUUCCCUCUAUUGUUCUAAAUUACUUUUAUCUGAGACUGCUGCCUGCUGCUACAGAGUCAGACUACAUGUUUUUUAUUAUAGACAUAUUUUAAAUAUGCCUUUUUAAGUAAACCUAAUUUAAUAUGUUUAAAUAAUUUAAAAUGUGGUACUGUCCAGAUCAUGGGAAAAUAUUUAGAGCAGUAUUUGUCUGAAUCUGCUGUGUCAGAUUAUCUGCUGCCUAAAUACCCACAAACUGCACCAAGCUAGGUUAAUUCUAAAUAGUUUUUCCAAAAACUGAAGAGAACGUAUGCUUUUCAUUGUGUAACUGGUAUUUCUGUAUUUAUUUUUUCCAUGUGGCCAUGUUUUUUGUGGUUAAUGUAUAUGUACUGUAAACAUGUUAUUGUAUGCUGAAAGACGAUCUCUUUUGCCCCACUGAAGUGCAGUGUAAGGUAUCUACCAAUCUACACGUUGAUGUGGGGGACCAUGUGAUGCUUCAAUAAAUACACUAUUUUUUC